CUCGCUCGCAGGUUGUCUUUUUUGUCCAAAAAACCUUAUCACACAUUCACACCUCAAGCCAAAAAUUAUUUUUCUGUUCAAACCAAAACAAUAGUAACAAAAAAUAAACGUUACUCUUUUUGUUUUUUGGUACAACGUUGCUCUUAUAAUCUUCACAAACAAAAAAAUAUUACACAUUUUUUUUUUCUCACACAAAGAAUUUCAACAACGACGAAGUGUAAAGAAGAUCUAGAUAGAGAAAAUUUUUCCGGGAAAAUUAAACAUCCGAGAAAAUUCGCUGAGAAAAUUACAAAACGAAAAGAAAAAAAAAAGAUAGAGAGCAUGGCGACGCCGUUAAUCCCGCAGCAGCUCUUAGACGGCGGUGGAGGAGUGGCGGUUCUGUCGAAUCUCGUUCCUUCUUCUUCUGCUUCUUCCUCCUCCAAUGGUGGUGGUGGAUUCAACCGUUCCUCUUUAUCGGAAUCGCCAAUUUUGAUUUUCUCGUUCUUCCAAAAAGCGAUUCGGAACGAGCUUGAUGCGUUGCAUAGAUUAGCUUUGGCUUUUGCUACUGGAAAUCGUUCCGAUAUUCAACCUCUCUCUGAACGCUACCAUUUUCUUAGAUCGAUGUAUAAACACCAUUCCAAUGCUGAAGAUGAGGUGAUUUUUCCAGCUCUAGAUAAGCGUGUGAAGAAUGUAGCACAGACAUAUUCCCUUGAACACAAGGGUGAAAGCAAUCUUUUUGACCAUUUAUUUGAGCUUUUAAACUCUCCUGAUGAUAAUGAUGAAAGUUUCCGAAGGGAGUUAGCGUCCUGCACUGGAGCUCUGCAGACAUCUGUUAGUCAACACAUGGCUAAGGAGCAGCAGCAAGUGUUUCCGCUUCUUAUUGAGAAGUUCUCACUGGAGGAACAAGCAUCUUUAGUUUGGCAAUUUCUUUGCAGUAUUCCAGUGAAUAUGAUGGCCGAAUUUCUUCCAUGGCUUUCCACAUCCAUAUCACCCGAUGAAUCUCAGGAUUUACGGAUGUGCUUAAGCAAGAUAGUGCCAGAAGAAAAGCUUCUUCAAAAGGUUAUUUUCACCUGGAUGGAUGGGAGAAGUAGUGCUAACACAGUUGAAAAUUGUGUAGAUCAUUCUCAGGUUCAAUGUAGGCCUAGUCCUUUAGCCCAUCAGAUUGGGAAAACAAAUUGUCCAUGCGAGUCCAUUAUAUCUGGGAAAAGAAAAUAUUCUGCAUCUAUUCUAGAUGUUCCUGAGACAAUGGGUUCACAUCCUAUAGAUGAAAUAUUGCUCUGGCAUAAUGCUAUAAAAAAAGAGUUGAAUGAAAUAGCAGUGGAGACCAGAAAGAUACAACACUCUGGAGAUUAUACUAAUCUGUCUGCUUUUAAUGAAAAGCUGCAAUUCAUUGCUGAAGUUUUCAUAUUUCACAGUAUUGCUGAGGACAAGAUUAUUUUUCCGGCAGUAGAUGGAGAUUUUUCUUUCUUUCAGGAACACGCUGAAGAAGAAAGUCAAUUUAAUGACUUCCGAUCUUUGAUUGAAAGAAUUCUAAGUGAAGAAGCAACAUCUAGUUCAGAAGUUGAACUUUAUUCCAAUUUGUGCUCACAUGCUGACCAUAUAAUGGAAACCAUACAGAGGCAUUUCCAUAAUGAAGAAGUUCAGGUUCUUCCACUUGCACGGAAGCACUUUAGCUUCAAAAGGCAACGGGAACUAGUAUAUCAAAGCUUGUGCAUGAUGCCUCUGAAAUUGAUUGAGCGUGUCCUGCCAUGGUUUGUUGGAUCAUUAACUGAAGUUGAAGCAGAGAUAUUUCUGAAAAACAUACAAUUGGCAGCUCCAGCAGUCGAUUCUGCUUUAGUCACACUCUUCUCUGGUUGGGCUUGCAAGGCUCGUAAAAAUGGUCAGUGCUUAUCUUCAAGUGCAUCAGGUUUCUGUCCUGCUAAAAAAAUUGUCCGGUCUUCCUGUACUUGUCCUUCUGCAUUGUCUGGUAAAGAUUGCCCAAUAUUAGCUGAAUCAGAUGGGACCCAAAGAUCAGUGAAGCGAAACAUAUUGGAGUUGCACAAAAAUGGAGAUGUCUCAAAAACACAAGAAAAUGAAUGUACCCAGAAACCAUGCUGUGGUGCCCGGUCUUGUUGUGUGCCAGCAUUAGGGGUCAACAGUAACAAUUUGGGGCUGAGUUCACUUUCUGCUGCCAAGUCCUUAAGGAGCUUCACUUCUUCCGCCCCAUCUCUUAAUUCUAGUCUUUUCAUAUGGGAAACAGACAGCAGCUCAUGUGAUGUUGGCUCUGCAGAAAGACCAAUUGAUACCAUAUUUAAAUUCCAUAAAGCUAUACGCAUAGAUCUGGAGUAUUUAGAUGUUGAAUCUGGAAAGCUUUGUGAUGGUGAUGAAACAACUAUUCGGCAAUUUACUGGAAGAUUUCGUCUUUUGUGGGGUUUAUAUAGAGCUCACAGUAAUGCUGAAGAUGAUAUAGUUUUUCCAGCAUUGGAAUCCAAAGAGACACUUCAUAACGUGAGUCACUCAUACACGCUGGACCAUAAGGCAGAGGAAAAGUUAUUCGAAGAUAUUUCUUGCGUUCUUUCUGAGCUUUCAGUCCUUCAUGAAGCAAUGCAGACCCAUAUGUCAGAGGAUUUAAGCGAAAGUAAUUUGGGAAUAUCUGAUGCCAAUGAUAGUGAUGAUAUCAGAAAGUACAAUGAGCUUGCAACUAAGCUUCAAGGGAUGUGUAAAUCUAUACGAGUGACCCUGGAUCAGCAUAUUUUCAGGGAAGAGCUCGAGCUCUGGCCAUUGUUUGGAAAACAUUUUACUGUGGAAGAACAAGACAAGAUAGUGGGCCGAAUAAUUGGAACUACAGGGGCUGAAGUUCUCCAAUCAAUGUUACCAUGGGUGACUUCUGCACUUACCCAAGAUGAACAGAACAAAAUGAUGGACACAUGGAAACAAGCAACUAAGAAUACAAUGUUUAAUGAGUGGCUAAAUGAAUGCUUGAUAGAGAGCCCAGGAUCUACAUCACAGACAGAAACAUCAGAUCGUAGCACUUCUCAAAGAGGAGCGGAAUAUCAAGAAAGCUUGAACCUGAAUGAUCAGAUGUUUAAGCCGGGUUGGAAAGACAUAUUCCGGAUGAAUGAGAAUGAAAUUGUAUCUGAAAUCCGGAAGGUUUAUCGUGACUCAACCCUUGAUCCAAGGAGAAAGGCAUAUCUGGUGCAGAAUCUAAUGACAAGUCGCUGGAUAGCUGCCCAACAGAAGUUACCUAAAUCUCAAUCUGGAGAAUCAUCGAAUAAACAAAUAGAAGGAUACUUACCUUCAUUUCGGGACCCAGAGAAACAAGUAUUUGGCUGUGAACACUAUAAGAGAAAUUGCAAAAUUCGAGCUGCUUGUUGUGGCAAGUUAUUUACAUGCAGAUUUUGUCAUGACAACAAUUCAAGUGAUCACUCAAUGGAUAGAAAAGCAACAUUAGAAAUGAUGUGUAUGGCCUGCAUGACUAUACAGCCAGUUGGGCCCAUAUGCACGACGCCUUCAUGUAAUGGACUUUCAAUGGCAAAGUACUACUGUAACAUUUGCAAAUUUUUUGACGAUGAAAGGAAUGUUUACCAUUGCCCAUUUUGCAAUAUAUGCCGUGUUGGACAAGGGCUUGGCAUUGAUUACUUUCAUUGUAUGAAAUGCAAUUGUUGCGUGGGUAUUAAGUCAGUGUCUCACAAGUGCCUGGAGAAAGGCUUAGAAAUGAACUGCCCAAUUUGCUGUGACGACUUGUUCACAUCAAGUGCAACAGUCAGAGCUCUAGCUUGUGGUCAUUACAUGCAUUCAUCUUGUUUUCAGGCAUACACUUGCAGUCACUACACAUGUCCAAUCUGCAGCAAGUCAUUGGGAGAUAUGGCGGUUUACUUCGGUAUGCUUGAUGCAUUGUUGGCUGCUGAGCAGCUUCCUGAAGAGUACAGGGACCGCUCUCAGGACAUACUCUGCCAUGACUGUGAUCGAAAGGGAACUUCACACUUCCACUGGUUAUAUCAUAAAUGUGGAUUUUGCGGCUCAUACAAUACCCGGGUGAUCAAGAGCGAGACAACAAAUUCCAGCUGCCCUUGAUGAGUUUUUCUUUGAAGUACAAAAAGUUUGUAUAUAGCGUGUGUUUGGAUCGACGUCGAAUGUAUUUUACCACGUCUAAUGCCACCUUAGCCAGAUUUCAUCAAAGCAACAAAUCGGAGAUUCAAGUGGACAUGCAGUGAGACACAACAAAUGCCGAAUCAAACACAACGAUACUUGUAUAGCCAAUCCAAUUUUCCUUCACCAGGAACCUGUAACGUUAAUACAUAAUGCAAGUGAGUCACUUCCACUAAGGCCUCUUUACGAGAUAGACGUAGCAAAUCAGUACCAUAGUUGUCAUGUAUAGAUAAAUCUUCUUCCAUUCAGACAAAAGAUAAAACAUUUUUUAACUCCUCUUUUUGCAACAUA